CUGCCAAGACAGACGUGCGGUCGCUGAUUACAUGUUGUGAGAAGCUACUAGCAGAGAACAAAGGUAGCCAGUACACCAUGGACAUGUAUCUGGAUGCCCAGGUCGAAACACAGCUGCAAUACAAAAGAGAAAUCGAACAUCUGCGUCAAAUAAUCGCUGACCUGAAAAACAAGGACUACAAAGAAGGUUCAUCAAAAAGCCCUGGCGAUACUCUGCGAAUUGUCCUGCUGGGGAAGACUGGAGUUGGGAAGAGCGCAACUGGAAACACCAUCUUAGGAAAAGAUGUGUUCAUGGAAGACCUGUCAGAUGCAUCAGUUACCGUUUUGUGUCAGAAAGAGACGGUUGAAAUCAACAGGAGGCAGAUAACUGUGAUUGACACUCCAGGGUUGUUUGAUACGAGUGUUUCUAAUGUUGAAAUCACUAAAGAAAUCACUAAGUGCAUCUCCAUGGCUGCGCCAGGUCCACAUGUGUUUCUGCUGAUGCUGAAAGUGGGACAACGUUUCACACAAGAGGAGAAAGACACGGUGAAUAUGAUCAAGGAAACUUUUGGUGAGAAAUGUAAAAUGUACACUAUGGUGCUUUUCACCAGAGGAGAUGAGCUGAAAGGAAAAACAAUUGAACAGUAUGUAGAUAAGGCUAUACCAGAUUUAAAGAAGAUGUUGUAUGAAUUUGGUAACAGAUUUCAUGUUUUCAACAACACCAAUAAAAGCAGCUAUGCUCAGGUCACUGCUCUACUGGAUAAAAUCGACUCCAUGGUGGCGGUAAAUGCAGGAAGUUGCUACACUAAUGAGAUGUUUGAGCGGGUAGAGAAAGACCUACAGGAAGAACAGAAGAGAAUACUGAAGGAAAGAGAGGAGGAGAUAGAGAAAGUGAAAAAAGAAAUGAAGGCCAAAUAUGACAAUGACAUUGAGGCAAUGAAGAGGACCAUUGAGGAAGAGAGACAGAAACAAGAGACGGAAAGGAAAAUAAAGGAGGCUGAAUUUAAAAACAGAGAAGAGCAACUCAAACAAGAAAUGGAGAAAAGAGAGCAGUUAGGGAGAGAGGAAUAUAGGAAAAGAAGAGAAGAAGAUGAAAAAAGGAUGAAGGAGUGGAUGGCUGAGAUAAACAGAGAAAGAGAGGAGAACAAAAAACAGUGGGAGAGACAAAGGGAGGAAGAUCAGAGGCGGAGAGAUGAAGAGGACAAGGAAAGAAAGAGGAAAGAAGAAGAAAGGGAGGAAGAGCAGAAAGAGGAGAAAGAGAAGUUUGAGAGAGACAAAGAGGAUAUGAAAAAGCGUGAAAAUGAAGCACUGAUGAAAUUACAGCAGGAGUUUGAACAAAAGGCAGCAGAGGAGGAGAAAAGACGGAAGAACUUAGAGGAGAGGAUCAAAUAUGCUGAGGAAAGUAAAAGGAAGGAGCUGCAACAGCUACAGUUACAUCAGCAGCAGAAGUGGGAGUGGAGGAUGCAGGAGGAGGCGAAGAGGAAAGAGGAACAACAGAAAUCCUGGGAGAAAAAGAUUGCGUCUAUGGAGGAAGGUUGGCAUCUACAGCAGAUUAGGAAGGAAAAACAGUAUGAGUGGCAAAAGCAAAAAGAAAAGGAGGAGAGAGAUUUAAAAGAAAAGGAGAGAAAGGAGAAGGAAGAGCAAGAGAAGAAAAGAAUAGAGAAUGAGGCCAAUGAAAAGAUAAGGCUGUUGAAAGAACAACAGCAGGCACAAAGAGAGAGGGAGGAGAAAGAAAGAAAAGAAAAAGACGAACAGCUCAGGAAGGAAAUGGAGGAGCAACUGCGGGUGCAACAGGAGGCCUUUAGAAAAGAGAGGGAGGACGUGGAGAAGAUACGCACUGAGGUUGAAAAAAGAAACCUUGACUUCAUUAAAGAGACGCACGACAGAGAGAUGGAGAACUUGAGGAGACAGACUGAACUAGCAGCAAGAGCACAAGCUGAGAAAGAGUUCUGCGCCAAACUCGAUGAAAAAGUUAAGGAGGCCAAAAAGAAAGGAUUUCAUGAGGGCUGUGCAAAAGUGGAGUCGGAACGAACAAAGCCAGGCAGAGACGUAGACAGAUUCGUAAACUGGAUUUGUGGGUCAGAAAAGCAUGAAGCCAAAAAAGACGAGUGA